AUGGGCCGCCCCAGGAUGCUCGGCGGCGGCAUCGACCCCAUCGCCGAGGAGCCUCACCACCACGCGCGCUGCCCCGCCGAUGGCGGCCUCGGGCCCGACCCGGCGGCCCUCGCCUGCGCGAUCUCCGCUGAGGCCAGCGCCGUGCUGGCCGUAAUGCGGCGCGGCCUCCGGCACCCGCGCGCCACGGCGGCCGACGACGCCGCGGCCGAGCACCCGCUCGUCGCCUCCCUCCGCGCACUCCGCCGCCUCGCCUUCUCCCCGUCGUCCCCCUCGGCCGCGCUCCCCGCCGCCGCGCUGCGGCCCUUCCUCGACGCCGUCCGCUCCGAGGACGCCGGCGCCGCCGUCACCUCCGCCUCGCUCGCCGCGCUCCACGAGGUCAUGUCCCUCACGGGGCCCGCGCUCCCGGGCGCCACGCUCCGGGAGGUUGUCGACGCCGUCUUCAGCUGCCGCUUCGAGGCCGGCGCCGAGCCCGCAGCAGAGGAGGCCGUGCUCAUGAGGAUGUUGCAGGCCCUGCUCGCCUGCCUCCGCGCGCCCGCCGCGCCCGCGCUCGGGGACCAGCAUGUCUGCACCGCAUUCAACACCUGCUUCCGCGUCGUCCACCAGGCCGCGGCCAAGAGCGAGCUCCUGCAGCGGUUCUCGCGCCACGCGAUGCACGAGCUCAUCCGCUGCGUCUUCGCGCGCCUCCCGCAGAUAAGCAGUGCUCAUGGAGUUGACGCUGCUGUCAAACCAGAGAUGGGUGGCAUGGAUAUGAAUCAUCCUUUUGGUAUCAGGCAAAUGGAAAAUGGCAAUGGAAGCUAUGUGACCGAGACAGGUGCAUCUGAUGAGAAUUCUGCAGAUGGCAAUGGUCUUAUUGUAGAGCCUUAUGGAGUCCCUUGCAUGGUGGAGAUCUUCCAUUUCCUAUGCUCUCUCCUCAAUGUUGUUGAACAGAUUGGCUUAGAUGAAGAUCUCCCUUUGUUUGCUCUUAAAUUGAUCAAUUCAGCGAUUGAGCUUGGUGGGUCUUCAAUUCAGAAACAUCCAAAGCUGUUGUCCUUAGUGCAAGAUGAGCUUUUCAGAAACUUAAUGCAGUUUGGGUUGUCGAUGAGUCCACUCAUCCUUUCAAUAGUAUGCAGUAUUGCAUUGAACCUUUACCAUCAUCUCCGGACUGAGCUGAAGCUGCAGCUUGAGGCUUUUUUUUCUUGUAUAAUUAUAAGGCUUGCACAACCUCGUUUUGGAGCAACAUAUCAUCAGCAGGAGAUUGCAAUGGAAGCUCUUGUAGACUUCUGUCAACAGAAAAAUUUUAUGGUGGAGAUGUAUGCCAAUCUUGACUGUGAUAUAACCUGCAGGAAUGUUUUUGAGGAGCUUGCAAAUCUUCUAUCGAAGAGUGCUUUUCCUAUCAACUGCCCCUUGUCUUCCAUGCACAUUCUUGCUCUAGAAGGUUUGAUUGCUGUGAUUCAGGGGAUGGCUGAUCGUAUCGGGAAUGCAACCUCACGCCCUGAGCUCCUGCCUGUGGAGCUUGAUGAAUACACUCCUUUCUGGACUGUUAAGUGUGAGAACUUUUCUGAUCCUCGGCAUUGGGUGAAGUUUGUCCGUCAAAGGAAGUAUGUCAAAAGGAGGCUAAUGAUUGGUGCUGAUCACUUCAACAGGGACCCAAAGAAAGGUCUGGAGUUUCUUCAAGGCACCCAUCUGUUGCCUGAGAAGCUUGAUCCCCAGAGUGUGGCUUGUUUUUUCCGCUACACAGCUGGUUUGGAUAAGAAUCUUGUUGGAGAUUUCCUAGGCAAUCAUGACGAGUUUUGUGUUCAGGUGCUUCAUGAGUUUGCUCAGACCUUUGAUUUCCAGGAGAUGAACCUGGAUACAGCUCUGCGUCUAUUUUUGGAGACUUUCCGGCUUCCUGGUGAAUCUCAGAAGAUACAAAGGGUUCUUGAGGCCUUCUCAGAUAGAUACUACGAACAGUCCCCUCAGUCUUUCGCAAAUAAGGACACUGCUCUACUGCUGUCCUAUUCCAUUAUAAUGCUGAACACUGAUCAGCAUAACAUGCAAGUGAAGAAGAAGAUGACUGAGGAGGACUUCAUCAAGAACAACAGGAACAUAAAUGAGGGCAGUGAUCUCCCACGUGAGAUGUUGUCUGAGCUAUACCACUCAAUCUGCCGAAAUGAGAUUAAGACAACACCUGAGCAGGGUUUGGGAUAUUUUGAAAUGUCUCCUAGUCGUUGGAUAGACCUAAUGCGGAAGUCAAAGUCUACGUCCCCAUAUAUUGUUGGUGACUCUCAGCCUUUCCUCGACCAUGAUAUGUUUGCUGUUAUGUCUGGCCCUACUAUUGCUGCCAUUGCGGUGGUAUUUGAUCAUUCGGAGCAUGAAGAAGUUCUCUUGACUUGUGUAGAUGGCUUUUUGGGUGUUGCAAAGAUCUCUGCAUUUCAUCAUCUUGAGGAUGUUCUGGACGAUCUUGUUGUUUCACUAUGCAAAUUCACCACUCUCUUGAAUACUUCUUUGGUUGAGGAGCCAGUUACUGCCUUUGGAGAUGACCUUAAAGCUAGGUUGGCAACUGAGACAUUAUUUACUAUAGCUAACAGAUAUGGGGAUUACAUACGCACUGGCUGGAGGAAUGUAUUGGAUUGCAUCCUGAGGCUGCAUAAACUAGGGCUUCUCCCUGCCCGUGUUGCUAGUGAUGCAGCUGAUGAUUCCGAACUUUCUGCUGAAGCAGUCCAAGGAAAGGCUGCUCCUAGCGCAGUUCCCCCAUCUCAUAUUCCAGUGAUGGGUACACCUCGCAAAUCCUCUGGGCUUAUGGGAAGAUUUAGUCAGCUGCUCUCUCUUGACAGUGAAGAACCAAGAUCACAACCAACUGAGCAGCAACUUGCCGCUCACCAGAGGACUCUUCAGACAAUUCAGAAAUGCCGCAUCGAUAGUAUAUUUACAGAGAGCAAAUUCUUGCAGCCUGAUUCACUACUGCAACUUGCCAGGGCUCUGAUUUGGGCUGCAGGCCGACCUCAAAAGGUUGCCAGUUCGCCAGAUGAUGAGGAUACAGCAGUUUUCUGCUUGGAACUGCUGAUUGCCAUAACCCUUAAUAAUCGAGACCGAAUUGUGCUCCUCUGGCAAGGUGUGUACGAGCAUAUUGCCAACAUAGUUCAGUCCACAGUUAUGCCGUGUGCUCUUGUGGAGAAAGCUAUUUUUGGACUCCUGAGGAUAUGCAAGAGUUUACUACCAUACAAGGAGAAUCUUGCUGAUGAAUUGCUGAGGUCAUUGCAAUUAGUUCUCAAGCUCGAUGCACGCGUAGCAGAUGCAUACUGUGAGAACAUCACACAGGAGGUUGCACGGCUCGUCAAAGCAAAUGCGGCACAUAUAAAGUCACAGAUGGGCUGGAGAACAGUAAUAUUGCUGCUCUCCAUUACAGCUCGCCAUCCGGAUGCUUCCGAAGUUGGUUUUGAGGCUAUCAUGUUUAUCAUGACAGAGGAGGCUCACCUUUCACUAGCGAAUUAUGGCUUCUGCAUCGAAGCGUCACGGCAGUUUGCGGAGUCUAGAGUUGGUUUAGCUGAUAGGUCUGUCCGUGCCCUGGACUUGAUGUCUGACUCUGUCAGAAGUCUUGCCAUGUGGUCCCAAGAGAUAAAAGCAACAUGUGAAGAAGGGGAGAAAGGGCUGGAGGCGAUAAGGGAGAUGUGGCUCAAAUUGCUGCAAGCACUGAAAAAAUUGAGCCUGGAUCAGAGAGAGGAGGUGCGAAAUCAUGCGUUGGCUUCUCUCCAACGAUGCCUAACAGCGACAGAAGAAAUCUGCCUCCAGUCCGCGACAUGGUCUCAUGCCUUUGACCUCGUCAUAUUUUCCUUGCUUGAUGACUUACUGGAAAUCAGUCAGAAUCACUCCCAGAAGGACUACAGAAACAUGGAAGGGUCCCUUGUGCUUGCCAUGAAACUAGUUGCAAAAGUGUACCUUCAACUCUUGCCAGACCUUUUUGGCCUAAGCAGUUUCUGCAAACUGUGGCUGGGAGUCCUGAGCCGGAUGGAGAAGUACAUCAAGAUCAAGGUCCGAGGCAAGCGGAGUGACAAGCUGCAAGAGGUGAUCCCGGACCUGCUCAAGAACAUUCUACUCGUGAUGAAGAACAAGGGCAUCCUUGCGAAGAGGAGCACGAUUGGGGGUGACAGCUUGUGGGAGCUGACGUGGCUUCACGCAAACAACAUCUCAACUAGUUUGCUGCCUGAUGUUUUUCCAAGUCAGGAGUAUGAGCAACAGAGCAGUGGUGGUAGCCCAAGAGGGCCCAGUCCUGUAGAGGCGUAG